GUAGACCAAAGAAGACCAGAGAGUUUCGGACACAAAGAUCUCGAAUCAGACAACUUGCUUUUUUAAUCUUCUUACAUCACAACGUUGUUUGACUUCCAAAAAGAAAAAUCUCCAGAUAGAUUCCGACCGGAUAAAUCUUCUUCCUUUAAGAUCUCCAAACUCCAACAGAUCUGCUGCGGUAAUGGCGGUUACUUCCUGAUCUCAGAGAAGCAAAAGAAAGAAAGAAGAAGAACCUUGGUUGCACUCUUUAAUGGCCGGGCUUCAAAAAGGCAAGUCCUUUCUCUUCUGUUUCUCCUUUAGUUUGCUCUUCCUUUCACCGAUCGUAACCGCUUCCGAGUCCGAUCCGGUACCCUACGAGAACUCAGAUUCUAGGUUGCAUAGACUCGAGGAGCUCGUUAGGAAUCUCACGGAAGUAGUAGCUAGACUAGACGCUAAGUUGUCCGAAACUGGUAAAAAACACGAGAUCAUCAGUAAUGGGGCUAAAGAGAAAGCCAAGGCCUUUUCAGUGACAAAGUACAGUCCUUUCUGGUCCGAGAGAUUCGAGUUCACCUCCGCCGUGAAGCUAAACUCCGAGGCAACGUGCAUCAACGUGUUGCCCUUUAAAGACCACGAAGGUUUAAGCAAGUACUUCGCCGUUGGGGACUCGAGUGGUAACCUCUACGUGUUCUUGAGAAACGGCGACGUUUUGGUCGAGUUUUUCACCAGCUGUGAUUCGCCGAUCACCGCGAUGGUUUCUUACAUGUCUGUGUAUAAGAACGAGAGCUUCGUGGUGACGGGGCAUCAAAGCGGAGCCGUCUUGUUGCAUAGACUCAGAGAGGGCUCUAUGGGAGAAGAUUUCAGUUCAGCUGUGAUGGAGAAUGUUGGCAAGUUUGACGGCACGGAGGAUAGUUUGGAGGUGACGUUACUAGAAGUGCAUCACGUGGGUCGUGUCAGGUACAUAUUAGCGACUGAUCUCGCCGGAAAGCUAACGGUUUUCACUGAGAACAGAACCGUUCACGGGUCCGUUACCCCCACGAGUAGACCGCUUGUGUUCUUGAAGCAGAGGCUGUUGUUUCUCACCGAGACCGGCGCUGGUUCGCUAGACUUGAGAACCAUGAAGAUCAGAGAAUCAGACUGCGAAGGCUUGAACAGCUCUCUAGCGAGAACUUACGUCUUCGACGCUUCCGAGAGGUCUAAAGCUUACGGAUUCACAUCGGAAGGCGAAGUCAUCCACGUGUUGCUUGUCGGCGACGUAACGAGCUUUAAAUGUAGAGUGAGGUCAAAGAAGAAGGUUCAGAUACAAGAGCCUGUUGCGUUACAAGCCAUCAAAGGCUAUCUUGUGCUACUCAGCGAAGAGAAAGUGUUUGUAUACAAUGUCUCGACUCAACACUACGUAAGAACCACGGGUCCUCGUCUGCUCUUCCCUGCUGCGUUAGAAGAUCUCAAGUCAACGUUCUUGAGCCAUCAAUCUAAAACCAAGUUUAAGAUGAUUACUCCUUUGGUAGCAAGCGACCGUGAGAAGCUUCUUGUGAUGAGUUUAGGCGAAGGAUACGUGGCUACAUACAAAUCAAAGCUUCAGAGUUCCAAAGGAGAACUCAACACGAUGCUAUGGAGCAGUCCUGUCUUCUUCUUUCUACUGUUUUUAUUCGGGGCGUGGCAUUUCUUCGCUAAGAAGAAAGAGUCUCUCACAGCUUGGGGACCUGACGAUCCUUUCGCAUCUUCCUCUUCUUCUGCUUCUUUCUCUGAGCCAUCUAGGAGAAACAACGAUGAUCUCAUGGAUCUGAGAAGAAGAUAUGUUUCUCCAUCACGGUACCCUCCUGGCGCAGCAGCAGGUACUUACAGGUCCGUUGCUUCUAAUGACCCGACCUCGAGAAGUUCGGUUGAUGCUACAAAUUAUAGAGCAACAGCGCAGGAGAUGAAGUAUCGUGGUGGGUCAGGGCUUGAUUCUUCAGGUGGUAGGUUUGGUAAUAGAAGGGAGAGUUUGUUUGGUGAUAACAAAGCUUUGGACAACGAAAGUUAAGGACUUUUUUUUAACGUUUUGCCACUUUUUUUUUGGUUACCGGUUAACGUUUGAAGUUUUUUGUAUUUUUGUAACACUCCGGCGAGAAAAAAUAAUGUUUUACCGGUAGCUUUUGUUUCUCGGGACACAUCUUGUUUAGUCAAACUCUUGUAGAUUUGUACCGCGCUGUA